UAAAGAUUUUCCCCUCAGUAGUCAAACCAAGCAUCAAUCACCCGUAGUAAUCUUACCUAGUAAACCUAAGCAUGCAGCACUAAUUGUCUUGCUUAACUCGCACACGAAACCAUACGUGGGAUGCGACCGUGUCCAGUGUCUCGUAGCCAGGCCACCUAUAAAGCCUUCAGGAACACACACCAUCUGUUUGCCAUCAUCAUCUAGCUACCCGGCGCCGGCGGCAUAUCUCGAUAUCUCUCGAUCGACGGCACGAGCGAAUUCACUUGAUUUUGGUUCGAAGAUGUCUAGCCUUACGACCAUAAGCAGCGCUAGCAAGGAGUCGCUGGAGGUGGAGGAGCUUGUCGACACAAGGCUGUCGCUCGUGAUCGGCACCGGUAGCCAACCGCCGCCGGUGCAGGCCCCCCUCCUACGGCCAGAGGCAAGGGAGAGAGGGGAGAAGCGGAUAGGCAGCAGUGCAAGGCAGCAUGGCAAGAGGGCCAGGGCUGUGCACAGCGGCAGCGACGUCGACGAUGAUGACAACGGAGGGGACGCAGCCGGCCGCGCGAGGAAGAAGCUCCGGCUCACCGCGGAGCAGGCGGCGCUGUUGGAGAAAAGCUUCCGCGCCCACAACGUCCUCUCGCAUGUUGAGAAGCGCGAUCUUGCGGGGCAGCUUGGGUUGAAGCCGAGGCAGGUGGAGGUGUGGUUCCAGAACAGGAGGGCGCGCACCAAGCUCAAGCAGACGGAGCUCGACUGCGAGCUGCUGCGCCGGUGGUGCGAGCGCCUCAGCGACGACAACGCGCGGCUCCGGAGCGAGCUCGCCGAGACACGCGCGGUCCUCCUCGUCGGUGGUUCACAUGACUCGAGGCUCAUGGGGUGUCCGUCCUGCAACAGGCUCGCCGGCGGCCGGAGGGCGGCCUAGUUGAUUUCGACUGCGAGAUUGAUUACCGCCGCCAUGGAACUAGUCAACUAGAAGUGCGCCGUCACGUAGCAUAGCCUAUAGCGUAGUGAAUUAUCUAGGCAUGACCGAAAUAUAGUGUGUGUGGUGAGGUUUAUGUAAACUCACACUCGCAUGAACCUAACGAGCUGACAAGAUUGAUGCAUGUAUUAGCUACUGUGUACUUUGGUAGUUUCGUCAUAUGUGUUUACUUCCUCGCUCUGGAUGGUCACGA